AUGAUAAAUGCUCUGAAGGGAGGGGUAAGAGAGAAGGUUGAAUUGGCCACCAAGUUUGGCAUCUACUUAGUAGACAAGAAGAGGGAGGUGCGAGGUGACCCUGCCUAUGUGAGGGCUGCUGCUGAGGAUAGCUUGAAGCGCCUUGGUGUUGAUUCUGUUGAUCUCUAUUACCAGCAUCGGAUUGACCCCACUGUACCCAUAGAAGUCACGGUUUGUCUUCUUCCCUCUUUGAGAUUUGAUCUCCUUUAA